AGGACGUCCAUUCCGAUUGGAGGUCCAAAACUGUUAAUCGCCAUUAAUCCCACAGACGUUUUCAUGGCUGGCCAAAUAUUUUCAACAUUACAAGUGACCGUUGCAGUAACAUUCCGACCGGCUUUACCCACGUAGGGUUUGUGGUGCAGCAGAUGUCCACGUACAAACUGUUCCUGCUGAGGCAUGGCGAGGGGGCAUGGAACCGGGAGAACCGUUUUUGCAGCUGGGUGGACCAGAAGCUGAGCGAGGAUGGCGUAAAGGAGGCCCGGGACUGCGGCAGGCUCCUGAAAGAGAUGGGCUACAAGUUCGACAUGGUCUUCACCUCCAUCCUCAGCCGCUCCAUCCAGACAGCCUGGCUGGUUCUGGAGGCCAUGGGCCAGGAGUGGAUCCCCGUGGUCAAGUCAUGGAGGCUCAACGAGCGCCACUACGGCGCCCUGAUAGGCUUGAACCGGGCGGAAAUGGCACUGCAGCACGGCGAGGAGAAAGUGAAGUUGUGGAGGAGGGGCUAUGACAUCACUCCACCGCUUAUAGAGGAAACGCACCCGUACUUCCACGAAAUCUACAAUGAUCGCAGGUACACCACGUGCGAUGUGGACAAGGAGAAGCUGCCCCAUGCCGAGAGCUUGAAGGAGGUUUUGGACAGGCUGCUACCAUAUUGGGACAGCACAGUGGUGCCAGAGAUACAGAAAGGCAGGACGGUGCUCAUUUCUGCCCAUGGAAACAGCUGCAGAGCCCUGCUCAAACACCUGGAAGGAAUAUCGGAUGAGGAUAUCGCCGGCGUGACAUUACCCACAGGGAUUCCGGUGCUGCUGGAACUGGACAAAGAGCUGCGGCCCGUGAAGGCUCGCCGGCUGCUGGGAGACCAGGAGAAGAUCCAGGCAGCCAUUCGAAAGGUGGAGGAUCAGGGAAAAGCCAAGGCCACCACUUGAAAUGCAUGUAAGACCUUGGAAAGUUACUUUAGUGUCACCACUGGAGACCUCCUAACAGUCUUAAUGUGUGCUUACUGUAAAGGUGUCUGACCUGCUACUGUGUCCACGGACAUAUCUGUCCCUACUGGUUUGUCUCCAAGCCUGCAUGUGAUUUAUAUACUACAUAAGCAUUUCUUUUAUGUUGAAUGUGGCACUGCUUUUAUUCCCCCAGAGUGUCAAUCAUUGUAGAAAUAUAGUGGACUAGAUUUCAUUUAAAAUGAGUUGUCACACUGACAAAUACUUUUAUGCCUCAGAUAAUCAGCAUGAGGAAGUCAAAUGGCUUUUCAUUAGUUUCAAACAUGUUUGCUUGCCUGUGAAAUCUCAAAUAGCCCACUGGAGUAAAUGAACGCCACACCUCAAACAGACUCCCCAGGGGGAAAAAAUGGUGGCUGUAAUGAUACCAUACCGUGACUGCGGUAGGCGUCUUUUCACAACGUCGACUGCUCACAGAGGACACGUGGCACCUGUAAAGCUGACAUUGAUGGGAGAGUUCCAAAGGAAAGUGCUGGGAAUGACUGCUGUGUGGAGCUGAAAAGCCCGUAUCUCUGAUUUUAUGCCAAUAUCAUAAUCAUUUCAACUGGCCUCCAUCAGAACUUGAGUGUUAUUUUUCAUAUUUCAGAGCAGAGCUGUUCUCCUUUUCUAUGCUGUCCACUGUGUUUGCCUUCAGAGGUCAUUUUGCUCUUUUUAUUGCACUUAUUUGUUGGAAAAUGCUUCAAGGCAGGGGUGCAUCUUCGCAUUUUGUCUUCCAGCAGUGCUGUGCUGUCAGUGAAUGUGUUUUGUGUGUUCAAAGCAGGGGUGUCCAAAAUGUGGCUCGGGGGCUAUCUGUGGCGUGCGGCUGUUUUUUUGUUUUUGUUUUUGUUUGGCCCGCGGCACAUUCUAAGAAUAUAUUUUAACAAGAGAAGUUAAAAAAAAAACAGUAAAAAUGUAAUUUUACAAGAAUAACAUCAAAAUAUUAAGAGAAAAAAAUUCUAAUUCUAAACAAGAAAGAUGCAAUUUGACGAGAAUAAUGUGGUAAUUUUAUGAGGAAAAAUAACGUCAUUUUACUAGCAUAAAGUUGAAAUAUUAAAGAAAAAAGACGUUCUUUUCAUUUUAUUAUUAUUUUUAUUGGCACGUAGCACAUUCUAAAAAUAGAACUUAACAAGAAAACUAAAAAAAAAAAGGGAGUACGGGACUGGUGGCGCUGCUACGUGCCAUUGGGUCCUUGUAGAACCGGAGCAGGAGCCUGGUUGGCAUUGCCAGCAGGAAGUCCAGCCUGUUCCUGGUGAACGUUGGCCUCCGCCAAGGCUGCCCUUUGUCACCCGUUCUGUUCAUCCUUUUCAUGGACACAAUUUCUAGGUGCAGCCAAGGCGUCAAGGGAGUCCAGUUCGGGGGCCUUAGGAUCUCAUCUCUGCUAUCUGCAGGUGAUGUGGUCCUGAUGGCCUCAUGGGGCUGUGACCUUCAGCGUUUCCUGGGGGGGUUUGCAUCUGAGUGUGAAGCUUCUGGGAUGAGACUCAGCACCUCCAAAUGUGAGGCCAUGGUUCUCAGUGGGAAAAGGGGGGGUUGGGAAUGAAGUCCUGCCCCAGGUGGGGGGGUUCAAUUAUCUCGGGGUCUUGUUCACCAGUGAGGAAAGGUUGGAACGUGAGGUCGACAGGCGGAUCGGUGCAACGUCUGCAGUAAUGAGGUUGCUGUACCGGACCGUCGUGGUGAAGAGAGAGCUGAGCCACUUUACCCCCCACCUAUGUUCCCACCCUCACCUAUGGUCAUGAGCUUUGGGUCGUGACCGAAAGAAGGAGAUGGUGGAUACAAGCGGCUGAAAUGAGUUUUCUCCGUAGGGUAGCUGGACUCCCCCUAAGAGAUAGGGGGAGGGGCUCAGAGUAGAGCCGCUGCUCCUUGACAUGGAGAGGAGCCAGUUGAGGGGGCUCUGGCAUCUAGUCUGGACACCUCCCUGGUGAGGUGUUCCGGGCAUUAGAAGCCCCGGGGCAGACCGAGGACACGCUGGAGGGAUUAUGUCUCACUGGAAAAAAUAGAGGUAACUUUAUGAGAAAAAAAUCAUAUGUUAACACGAAAAAAAGUUGCAACUUUACAAGAAAAAUGUGUGUAAUUAUGAAGAGAAAUAUGUUAUUUUAGUAGCAUAGAGUUGCAAUAGGGCUGCACGGUGGUCUAGUGGUUAGCAUGUUGGCCAACACAGUAACAGUCUGGAGAUCAGGAAGACCUGGGUUGGAUUCUCCCUUGGGCAUUUCUGUGUGGAGUUUGCAUGUUCUCCCCGUGUGUGUGGGGGGGGGGGGUUUCCUCCCACAUCCCAAAAACAUGCAUGUUAGCUUCAUUGGAGACUCUAAAUGGUCCAUAGGUAUGAAUGUGAGUGUUUGUCUAUAUGUGCCCUGCCAUUGGCUGGACACCAGUCCAGGGUGUACCCCGCCUGUUGCCCCAAGUCAGCUGGAAUAGGCUCCAGCAUGCCCCCGCGACCCUAAAGAGGAGAAGCGGUAUAGAAAAUGGAUGGAUGGAUGGAGUUGCAAUAUUAAAGAACAAUGUUAUUUUGUAAAUGUUGUAAUAUUAUGACAAACAAACAAUCCAAAAUAAAGUUGUAUUUUUUUAUGAGGCUGGGAAAAAAGUCCAAAUAUUCUGGGAAUAAAGUCAUAUUACAAAAAGUAUUAAAUAUUUGGAAAAUUAAAAAAAAAAACAGCAAAAAUGGGGGGGAAAGAGUGAAGAGUGAUAAUACUGACAAUAGGCUUUGUCACCUUUGUGGCAAAGCUGAGAUGCAUUUUUUUGUUUUUUACAAAAUAUGAAAGGGGCAGCUUUGCCUCCUUUGAUUUUUCACCAUGUGGCCCCCGCUCGAGGAAAAGGUUUAGACACCCCUGCUUUAAACUUCUGCUGCUUGCUUUGAACUUGUGUCAUGGACGCUGGCUAACGAGGCAUUCAAACAAACAUGUUCUCCACAACUGAGUAGGAAAUAUAGAAAAAGUGAAGCGCGGCAAUUGAAGAGAUAGCGGCCGUACAGUUGAUGCACUCCAAGAAACGGCAGCUGUGCCAUGAAGACUUGAUAUGUCAACACUUGUUGUAAAAAGCAGGCGUCACUGUUAGCUUUGUCACUGAUGUCAAGUAGAAUCCCAGACUAAAUGUUAGCUUUUUGGGACAGAAAUAAAGAUGUCGGAUGAAAAAGUCA